AGGGUACAGCCAAGCCUUCACUGCUGCCUUGGCCCUUUUCCGCCUCUGUGAUUGUCGCCAGUGUUUUGUAACUGAUCUGAUCUGGGGAAACGUCGUGUUGGAGUGUGCUGCCAACGUCCGCAGUAGGAUUUCGGAGGCAGCUGCAGGUUUCGCCGCUGCCAUGGGCAUAGCUUGAAGGAGGAGCUCAGAGUGGCCUCCAUGUUUCUCCUUUCCAAGCCCCUGAGGUCUCUAAGCUCCAGGAGGGUUGGAUGGGGAAGCAUUGCCCCGGGGCGGGGGUGGGGUGGGUGUCAGGAAGCUCAAGAGGCUCUGGAGGCAUCUCAGCUGGACUUGAGCUCUCCAACUCUAAUGGCUUUUUAAUGUGUGAGCUGAAGUGUCAGGGGCGGUCUCUUCUGGUUCUCUUUCAAAGCUGUCCCCGGAGAGCGGAGAGCGUAUGGAAGAAUGUGGUGGCCAGGGCUACAGCGGGUUUCUCUCUCUCCCUUCUCUCCUGUCCUCUUCUUCCUCUCUCUCUCUCUCUCCCCCCCUUCUUCCUCUCUCUCUCUGUUCUCACGCUUUCCUUGUCUUUCUCUCUGUCUCUCCCUUCUUUUGCCUUCUCACCCCUUCUUCCUCUCUCUCUCUCUCUUCUCCACGCCUUCUUCCUGUCUGUCUGCCUGCCUGUCUCUGUCUUUCUCUGUCUCUCGCCUUUUGCAGGGCUGGAUUUGGCAAGCACUUUUUCUGAGCGCUGCAGCUUGGUGCAUUUCUGCUCAUUUCCUGUUAAGCAGUACCCAGGGCUCCCUGAACUCAGGCUCUGGGAGGACGGCCCUGUCUUCCUUUUCCUCUGCACUCCUAGAAAAACCUGCUGACCAGGCCCUGAGAGCGGGGUCAUGGGGAGACUUCCUCACCACAGCAGGAAAAUAGACCGACCGUUUCCUCCAUUGGACCUGACUCAGCAGCGGCCCACUGACCGCCUGGGAGAGAGGGCUCCCGCCUGGCGGGCCGCAGUUCCACACGUGGCUGGUCAGUGAGAAGGUCGGAGGGGCCGAGGGGACCAAGCUGGACGAUGACUUCAAAGAGAUGGAGAAGAAGGUGGAUGUCACCAGCAAGGCGGUGACAGAAGUGCUGGCCAGGACCAUCGAGUACCUGCAGCCCAACCCAGCCUCGCGGGCUAAGCUGACCAUGCUCAACACGGUGUCCAAGAUCCGGGGCCAGGUGAAGAACCCCGGCUACCCACAGUCGGAGGGGCUCCUGGGCGAGUGCAUGAUCCGCCACGGGAAGGAGCUGGGCGGCGAGUCCAACUUUGGCGACGCAUUGCUGGAUGCCGGCGAAUCCAUGAAGCGCCUGGCAGAGGUGAAGGACUCCCUGGACAUAGAGGUCAAGCAGAACUUCAUUGACCCCCUCCAGAACCUGUGUGAGAAAGACCUGAAGGAGAUCCAGCACCACCUGAAGAAGCUGGAGGGCCGCCGCCUGGACUUUGACUACAAGAAGAAGCGGCAGGGCAAGAUCCCUGAUGAGGAGCUACGCCAGGCACUGGAGAAGUUCGAGGAGUCCAAGGAGGUGGCAGAAACCAGCAUGCACAACCUCCUGGAGACCGACAUCGAGCAGGUGAGUCAGCUCUCGGCCCUGGUGGACGCACAGCUGGACUACCACCGGCAGGCCGUGCAGAUCCUGGAUGAGCUGGCCGAGAAGCUCAAGCGCAGGAUGCGGGAAGCUUCGUCACGCCCCAGGCGGGAGUAUAAGCCCAAGCCCCGGGAGCCCUUUGACCUCGGAGAGCCUGAGCAGUCCAAUGGGGGCUUCCCCUGCACCACAGCCCCCAAGAUCGCAGCUUCGUCGUCUUUCCGAUCUUCCGACAAGCCCAUCCGAACCCCUAGCCGGAGCAUGUUGCCCCUGGACCAGCCAAGCUGCAAGGCGCUGUACGACUUCGAGCCGGAGAAUGACGGGGAGCUGGGCUUCCGUGAGGGCGACGUCAUCACACUGACCAACCAGAUUGACGAGAACUGGUACGAGGGCAUGCUGGACGGCCAGUCGGGCUUCUUUCCGCUCAGCUAUGUGGAGGUGCUUGUGCCCCUGCCGCAGUGACUCGCCGGCGCCCCCGCCCCACCCCUCCGUCCACACUGGCUGGCACCCUUUGCUGGGUCUCCUGCAUUCCACGGAGCCCCUGCUGCCAGGGCAGUGUCUGAGCCUGCUGGCGCCACUUGGGCCCCGGCCCUCGAGGUACUCCCUUGGCAGGGCCCCACACUUGGGUGAGGGGGUUUAUCUGGGUGGGUGGGGAUGCCUGUUUACACUAGCGCUGACCCCCAACCGUGACGGCUCCCUUCCCCACUCCAUGGCGCCGGCCUCCUCCCCGCUCCCCAACUCCUCGCCCAGCUGGCCCAGGCGGGGCAACACUAAGGUGCUCUCAGAAACACUAAUGUUCCUCCAGGGCAGCCCCCACCUCCAUCCUGACCCCACAGGGGCCCGGCCCACUGCCUACCCUCGAGUCCCACAGCCUUAAUGGGAUGGGAUCGAGCAUCCCUGUGGGGUGGCUCAGAGACAGGACCCUGGUUUUAAAUCCCCUCCCAGCCUGGUGCUGGCGAUGGGCCCUGGCCCUUCUCCAGGGCCACUGCACUUCCGCCUCACACAUGCACUCCUUCUCCCCAAGGCCAGGGCAGAGGGCCUCACCGCCUCCCCGGCCUGCUGUCAGCUUACAGCCUGGGGACAGAGGCCAGCUGGGAUCUGCCAGAGGACAGAGAACAUGGUCUCCUGCAGGGCCCUGCCUCCCAAGCCCCACCCUUACAAAGCCAAGUACCUUUUCAGCUUUUUAACUGCCCCCAGCCAGGCCCAUGGAGGCCUGUGUCACUCUGGCACGAGCUGCCAUCACCAGCCACCCACACACCCCCCCAGCACACCUCGCAUGGGACCACAGCCCCAGCCGCAGCUGCGCUACCAAGGGCCAAGCACAAAGGCUCCAGUGAGCGAGUUCCAGUCCCUGGUGGCCAGGCCUCCCCUUGCCAAGCCACUGCCACCCCAUCCUGUGGGAAGUGGCCCCGGCCAUCUCCUCUAGACCAACACAGGCAGCCCCAGGGUCCCCAGACCCCUGCCCAGAUCAGCAGGUCUGUAGCCCCAACAUCUGCUUCCUGUUGCCCAAUCCAAAAUCGAUGAAAUGGGGGCUCCUCUGGGCUGGGCCACAUUCACAUUCCCCUCCCCCUGUGGCCCAGUGAAGCCUCUGGACCCCAGGCUCUGCCCUGCACCUCCCUCGUCAGAAGUACAUGAGGGGCACAGAUACCCGGCAGAGGUGAGCACACAGCCUUGGGCAUGGUCCAGGGCAAACUGAAAUGUACACCUGAAUUUUGUAAACAGAAGUAUUAAAUGUCUCUUUCUACA